AUGCCGCCGCCGUCGUUUUCCACGCAGAGCAUCUCGCAGCUCAAUGUACCGCGAGGCGUCCUUAACUUGUUGAAGGACGUCAAGCAGCAGGUCGAGGCGCUCUUGCGCGCAUCCAGCCCGAGCCAGCUCGAGGCGUGUCAGGUGGCGAUCCAGGCCCUGCUGGCCGACCCGCAGAUCGGCGUUGAGGUCGCUGAAGACAACUGGCUGCUUCAUGUCGAUGCGGACGUGGAGCGCAGCACGGUGUGCCGCACAGUGGCCGACCGUCUGAGCUCGGAUCUGCUCGACCUGUACUACCAGGCCAAAUCUCCGCCUGAGCUGCUGCGACCAAACGUACUGCACAUCCUCGAGGCACUGGCUCUGUGUCUUGGUGCCCAGAGACUGAUUCGCGACUGGUGGGACGUGCUGAUUGUGCCGUCACUGGCGUCCUCGGCCCUCGGCGAGGCCGACGUGGCGCGCGCUGUACGGCUGACUGUGUAUAUGGUGAUGGACGUUGCACCAAGCGAGUAUACGAGUCCUCCCAUGGACGAGGAGAGCACCGAGUCGGUGCGUGUCCCGUCGCCCGCGUGGCAAUUCACCCAGAGCGUGCUGGACAUGUACAUACAGUCGGUAUAUCUGCUCGAGAUGGCCAGCGAGAAGGACGACGACGAGAACACGGAUGUGCCCGAGACCACUGCGGUUCUUGCACAACCCAGCCUCACGCGCUCGCUGGCGGCUGCGCUGUCUAUGUUUGGAUCGCUCCGUCCCCUGCCAUUCCUGCAUCACUUGGACGAGGCGUUCGACAAUUUGUCGGCGCAGUCGACCAUUCUAUCGCUACUGAUGCAGUUCCUGCAUGCCCACUCGAUGCAUGCGUACCUGAUCAUGUCGACGUGCCUCUUCGACAAGCUGGUAUCGACACUCGAGAUGACCGAGUCUACACGCAUUCUUGCGCAGGGUGUGACAUGCCUGCUCAUGAUUGUGCCGCACAUUCCCAUGUACCUGGUGCGCGAUGGCGGCACAGGCGUGGCCAGCAUGUUCCGUGUGUAUGCGCGGGCCGUCUACACGCCCGUCACGGAACUCGAGUCGCACACGGUGCCGAGCGCCCACCUGCUAUUUACGCUGCUAUAUGGCCUCUUUCCUCUGCACUUCCUCGCCUUCAUCCGCGCGCCGGCCGCGACGCUGGAGGCCUUGGGCGACACGCGCCUUUGGGACGACCUCGUGAACCCCACCGUGCAGAGCCGCAGCCUGACGCUGUUCCGCUGCCACCUCGUGCAUCCGAACUUGGCGACGCACGAGCGCGCUGCAGAGCUGAACCCCAAGACGUGGCAAAACUCCGAGGCGUCCGACCGCCUUGCGCAGUGCAUGAGUCUCGUUACGGGCGACACGUCAGUGAGCAAUGUGACGAUGCUGCGCAAUGAGCUGCGCUUUGAGCUGUACUUGAAGGAGCAGCUGCUGAUCCACAUUGGGCGCCUGCACCGUGACCGGAUCACCGAUGCGGCCAACGAGGCGGAGCAGCAGAAUCUGCAGCACACGAGUCGCGCGCUGCAGGCGCAGCUGUCCACGCUGCAGACGCGCCUGGAGCGGCAGCGCAGUGAGGUGCAGGCCACGAGCGGGCGGCACGUGCGGUGGGAACGCGAGCUGAACGCCAAGCUCAGCAUGUACCGCGACGAGCGGCGACAGCGCACAUUGCUGGUGCAGCAGCUCACACGAGAUCUCGAGCAGAGCCAGCGCACCGUGGCGCAGCAAGCGGAGCGCAUCUCGCAGAUGGGCGAGCGCCUCUUUAAUCUCGAGUCGGAGCUGCAGCUCGCGGCGCCGCGCCUCGAGCGCCUGCACGAGUACGAUGCCACCGUUCGCAAUCUGGGCCGCCGCCUCACCGAGUGGGAGGAUGGCAUGCUUAUGAUGCAGGCGCAGCGCGAAGAGAUGGACAAGCUGCUUAUGCAAUGGGAGAAUAUGCAGCUUGCCGUGACGAAUAGCGAGCGCAGCGCGCGCGAGCACAGCGACGAGGCGGACCGGCGCACCGAGGAUAUGGCACGUCUGCAGGCGGAGCUGGACACGGUCCGCGCGCAGGCGGAGCGCCUGCGCCUGCGCGUUGGACAGGCCGAGCCUGCCGCGCCCCGCGCGCCGCCGCCCAUCGACCACGCCGAGUUCGAGGCGCUGCGCGCGCGGAAUACCCAGCUGGAGAUGGAAAUGCUCAAUUUGCGCGCCACGCUCGACAUUCAGCGUGCGAAUGGCAUGCAGCACGAUCCCCGCACCGAGUGGGGUGUGCCGGCGCCCCAUGAAGUCGCGCUCUUUUCCCCGAACACGCUGGCCGCGCGUGAUCCUGCGUGGGACGACGAUGCAGUGCCGCCACUCUCGCUCGAGAGCUGA